CUCGGAGAACAGAAUCGAGGCUUUGCCUGACAAGAUUUUCGAGGGCGUUAAGGACCUCAAGGGCCUAAGUAUCUUUGGCAAUAAAAUACAAAAUGUCACCAGCACGACUUUCAGUCAUGCCCGGGAACUGCGAUUUUUGUUCAUGCACUACAACCUGAUGGCUGAGCUCCCCAUAGGCUUUUUUGGGCUUCUGCCGCACAUUAUCAGAGUAACUCUGGACACCAACCUGAUGUGCUGCCACCUUGAUCUUUUCAGGCAGGAUGCCGAUUGCGAAUUUGCCUUCAAUGAUAACUUCGCAAGCUGUCACUCCAUGUUCCGCAACCUUGCUCCAAGGAGAAGUCUUUGGGUUGUCGGCCUUCUCUCGUUGCUUGGGUCUGUGUUUGUAGUUGGGUGGCAAUAUUUCUUCCCUGAUAACAAUAUGGUCCAGUCUAUUAUGUUGGUAAAUCUUGGUAUUUCAGACGGCAUCAUGGGUAUUUACCUCAUCAUUAUAGGUAUAAAAGACCUGCAAUGGUCAGGGGAAUACUACCUGCACGACUAUGAGUGGCGCACCGGCUGGUUUUGCCAUUUCAAUGGCGCCAUGUCUGUCCUUUCAAGCGAGGUGUCUGUUAUGAUGAUUUCUCUGAUUGCAUGGGACAGGCUCAAGAACAUUGUGUUUCCUUACACGUUUGCAAAAAUUACACCAAGGCAGACCCGUAUUAUGUGCGCAGUUAUCUGGCUGGUGGGAGGCAUUAUGGCAUUCCUUCCCUUGUCUGGAAUGCGAUACUUUGGUGACUGGUAUUAUGGCAAGAACGUGGUGUGCCUGCCACUGCAACUUUCCCCGCAGUUACAAGAAGGCUGGGAAUUCUCCACUUCCAUCUUUAUCAUUUUCAAUUUUUCUCUUUUCAUCUUCAUUAUGAUUGCUUAUCUUGCCAUCUUGUUGAAAUCAUGGUCGUCGAGCAGACGGCUGGGUGCGCAUGGAACUGUUCGUGAAAUACGAGCAAGAGCACAAAGCGCACAGGCUAAAAGGGAAAGAGCACUUGCCAAAAGAGUCUUCUUCAUUAUUCUGACCGAUUUCCUGUGUUGGAUACCAAUCAUUGCUAUCGGCAUCAAGUCGCACGUCGAGAAAACGUUUGAUCCACCUGGUGAUCUGGCAGUGUGGAUUGCAGUGUUCGCCUUGCCGAUCAAUUCAGCUAUCAACCCACUGCUGUACACGCUUUCUACUCCACAGGUGCAAGCUGUGUUGAAACCAAAACUGAGGAAACUGUGGUUCAAUGUUCGAUCUAUUUUCCGAAGUGGACAAAAUCAAGAAGCGGAAGCAGGAAAUGAUCAGCAGGGACAGAUUAUGAAUGAAGAACACGCCAACAACGAAGAGGGAGAGCAGAUUGAAAUGCAAGAAAUAGAGCACAACGAAAUCCCGGAAGUGGAAGCUCCUGAAUCGCCUUUUCUGCAACCAGCUAUGGAACAAGCCUGUGGAGGAGAUGAGACCCCAUCUUCUUCCGAUUAUGAGGAUGAUUUUGACAUCCGACCAGCCACUGAAAAGACUGUCGAAGGUCAGAAAGGAGAGAAAAAGCGUGAGCCUGAACAGCCAAUUGAAGAAGAAUCUAAGGAGCAGGUGGAGAGUGAAGAGAUUCCGAUGCCAAGUGACGAAGCUGAAAACGUCGAAGAAGAAGACAAGAAAGUGCUUGAGCCUGACAUGGACACGGAAGAGGAAGUAAAAGAGACCUUCAUGGUUGGAGAAAAGAACAGAAGGAUUUAAGUGAUAGAAAAAGCAAUUCUAGUAAUAAUUAU